UUUCAAAAAUUCAUUAUUUUGGCAAUCUUCAAUGUCAAGUCAUUUGUUAUGAUUUUGUAAUUUUAUUUUCAUUCUGUAAGUCCAAUAAAUCAUGUGAAGAUUUGAAUUUCAGCCUUUUAAUUGUCAUUUGUAAGAAAAAUUCUCAUUAAACUUAAAAUAGAAACGAAAAUUACUCAAACUUUUGCUGGAAAAUGCAAGGGAGAUAAUUAUAACUUUAAAAAUAAGCCCAAAAAUCUACAUAUAUGAUGUCACAAAUUAAAUAGAAAGAGAUUAAGAAAGAGUUUAAUGUUGUAAAGUUGCUUAACCAAGACAACUUGAGUAACUAAGAAUACAGCAAAGAUUAGAGAAGGUUUUAAGAAAAGAUAAACAUGACUCCUAAGAACUAUGAUUGCAAUCAAAGUCUUUCUAGAGCCAACUUUUGCUUGAUUGCUUUCUUCAAUAGUGAAUGGUUGAUAGCUACAAUAAUAAAGAAUGAGAAUGUUACAAGAAUAUAGCACUUUUUAACUAUCAACACGAGGAAAAAUAUUCUGAAAUAUAUAAAUAUAUAUAUAUUUAUAAAGAUUAGGAAUCACCUUUAGGAAAAUGAGAGAGGAUCAACAAGGUCAAUUUUCAUUCCUGUUGGCUCCAUACUUCCAUGGUUGAUGAAAUUCAAACUAAAAACAGCGUUCUUACAGUGUCUUUUUCUUCCCUGAAAAAGCAGAUAGACUGAUAAUGUUCUGUACAAUGUAUAGCAACCAUACAUGAAAAGCAAUGAACUUUGUACAAAUUUUAAGAACCCAAUUCAACUCUUUCACACCCUUUUUAGAAAUAUUGAUCUCCAUGAAAAAUUAAAUUAGAAAUCUGUAAGAACCUCUAUAGAAGUUCAAACUCUUUGUCUUCCUUGUCCCCUCUUUUGUAUCUAUUUCUCUUACAUUGGGUUUCUUGAUCGCUUUUAAGGUUCUUAGUUCUUAUAGAUUUUAAGUUGAUUUUUCAUGGAGAUCGAUAUUUCUAAAAAAGGUGUGAAAGAGUUGAACUAGGUUUUUAAAAUUUGUAUGAAGUUUGUUGCUUUUCACAUAUAGUUACUUUACGUCUUAUGAAAUAUGAUCAAUGCAUUUGCUUUUUCAAGGAAGAGAAAGACAUCAUAAGAACACUGUUUUUACCUUGAGUUUCAUCAAAUAUGAAGUAUGGAUACAACUGCAAUGGAAAUUGACCCACCUCGUGAACAACAAUCUGUUUGUCUUCCAUUUACCAUGAUUCAUAAUCCUUUUAUAUGUAUACUUUUUUUUCAAAGUGUGUGAUUUUUCCUCCAUGUUGAUACAAGGAAAGUGCUAUAUUCCUAUAACAUU